UUCCCGGGCCGUGGGGCCCAACCGUCUCUCCGAGCACGCUGGUCUGUUCCCACCCCAAACCGCGGAAGUGCUGCGGCCGCGGGCUCCGGAGCCGGGCCCAGGGCGGUGCAGGCACGCGGCCGCCCCUCGCUCCCGAAAAAUCACCAUGUCUUCCUCCAGACUGGGGCUCAGUUUGGUUAUCUGUUUAAUAAACAUUUCCAAAGCCAGAAGAAAAUAUGUUGUUGAGAACAUAGCAAAAGCGGCUCUCCUUGAAGAAAACGGGCAGAAACAUCCUAAAGUAUCAGUGCUAAAUAUGUUUUCUGAUCAAGACUACAACCGUUCAGUCAUUACAAUAGCAGCUUCUGUUGAUACAUUGGGCCGGUGUGUUCUUGCUGCCUGCCUGGAAGCCUUCCAGUCUGUCGAUUUGGAGGUUCAAGAGGGAAUCCAUCCUUGCCUGGGAGCAGUGGACCUGAUCUCAAUCUGCCCUCUCUCUGGUGUAGGUGUGGAAGAGUGUGAAGCUGUGGCCAGAAGUGAUUCAGAGGUUUGCGUCGUCUGCGAUACCUGUGGCUGUGGUCUCCCACAGGUACAUAUGGCUUUGACAGCUGCAAUGGGAUCACUGUUCUGAGGACAGCUCAUGAAACAUGAAGACAGUUGUGGCACAAUGGAUCCAAUAGUUUCUCCAUAGGGAUACAAGGCAUUGCUGAGAGCCCGGUCCAGCAUGUUCCUGGCUGCAGCGCGUUUCUCUUUGGCAAAGCCGACCUGCCUGAGAGGCACAGUCUUGUCCAGAGAAGGAAACAACUAGGCUGGUUCACCAGGAGGGAUUUCAGCGUUCUUAAACCAGGCUUAGGGGCUGCACCUGCCCGAAGAGGUGGUUUAACAGAGAGAAGAUUUAUUGAACUGAAAUUCAAAUUUAAAAAAAAGUUAUUAUAAAUGUGUUUCAGUAUUUAGUUAUGGAAAAAAGGAAGAAACUGAUGGUCCCUGCCAAUUUGAACCUCACAUAUUUUCUCAUGAUUUGUCUCACAAAUGGAGAAGUUGUUUAUGCCAGCCAUUUUAUUUUCUCAAAAAUCACCUCAAGGCAAUAUUAAAUAAUAAUGAAGACAUUGGGCAUCCCUGCUUCCCAUUCUACUCUGCAGCCUAGAAUGUUACCCAAGAUCCAGCUACAGAUCAAGAGAUGUUGCCAUGAAAAAUAAGAAAAAAACAAAAGCUUGCCCUUUCUCAAGGCCCAGAUUACUAUGAAAUGUACGCUAACCAUCUGGAGUGGAGGACAUUUGUGGUCAACACUCUCAUUGGCCUAAAAACUCCAUCCUCUGGGGGAAGAAAAAGUUCCAGUAAUCUUUUGAAAACAAGAAUAGUCCCCAAACAAAGAUCCUAAGUGGUGUCAUUGGGAAUACUGGUUGGGGUGAGGAGACAAGAGAGCAUCUCAGCCCCAGAGAGGAUUAGCUGUGCCAGUGCUACGGGGUGACACCAGUGCGUUCAGCACCAAAUAAUGCGCUAACGAUAAUGGACUCCAGCAAUCGGAGGUGCCAUAAUCACCAAUUCCGCUCCCCCUGGACAGAUGUUGAAUGGACAGUCACCAGAAGGGUCGUCUCGAUCAUAUCCUUCAGUCAUGUCUUGUCCUCUUCUCUUUUGGGCACCAUUUCAAAUAACAAAUAGGAAAGCUGAUGUGCCCGUCCCCCUGGUUCUGAAGAUAUAUGGGCAGCUCCAAAGUCCUUUGAUUAGGGAAUCACAUUUUGUAUCCAUGUAGGGUCUCUCACUCCUAAUUCACCGAGCUCUUCAGCAAGCUGACAGCAUUAACCUAAUAUCAUUAAUUCUCACCACUCUCCUGCAAGGGAGCAGGUGGCCCACAUUAUUACGGCUAUUUUGCAGAUGGAGAGAUGGAGGCAAAGGGAGGGCGAGUGAUUCAGCCAGCGCUGAGCUGGGAAUAGAAUACAGCCUCGGGUCCACAAGGUUAUAAGGCCUCCCGAUAGAUCCGAGGGGGUCAGGCGAGGGGCUCCGGAAAGGGGAUAAGGUUGGGGAGGUGGGAGGCGAGGACAGGGAAGUCAAAAGCCUCCUAUAUUUCAUGAAAGAGGAGCCAUUAUUGCUUUAAUUGUCAUUGUUAGUUAAUAGCCAUUUUAACAUACAUAGGAUUACAAAAGGAAAUAACAGAAGAUGGCCUGGCUAAAAUUACGUUUUGCAGCUUCUUUAAGCCUGGUUUCCUGUCUUGGAGAAACAGAAUAUCAACAGGCAACGGAAGCCAUACAAUGCCCCAUUUCUACCAAGAGAUGGUGGAGAACAUGGGCUGUGCUGCCAUGAGCUGUGCUCAGAGGCCACUGCUGCCUCUCGCCUCCUGGUUGCCUGUGAGCACCUGUCUCAUCUGUAACAUGGGCACCAUAAAAGCACGUGCCUUCAAGAGUAACCGUGGUGACCAAAUGAUUCGGUGCUCUUUAAGCACUUCAGACAGUGCCUGGUACACAAAUAAGCAAGAGACAAAUGAAACAAAUCACAACUAUCCGUGUAAUCCAACUCCUCAGACCAACCAUGGAGAAACCAUGUCAAGAUCUCAUGAACCACACCUGAACUCAAGAAGGGUAGGGCGGAUGACAGAAGAAUCCAAAUCUUUAUUUCAAUGUUUGCUAUCAAGAUACUUUUUAGACUCUUAUGAUUAUUCAAAAUACAUUUUUAAAUAUGAACUGUCAUCAGUGGAAUCCCAGAUGAGGGUAAUGACUCCGAAUCACUCUUGCUCGCCAACUCCCCCAACUUGUGAGGAGCAGGGAUGAAGUGGCUUAUGAAGGAGCUUGGUGGCUCUGUCUUGUGAACCUCUCUUGGGAGGCAGUUGCGUCACUUGAGGCAGUUCCUUCAUGGACAAUAACCACAGGAGACCCAAGUUUCUGCUGCAGAUAUACCAGCUGAGGUGACAUUUUAUGAAUAACUUCUUACAGAAAUGCUCCUCUGUACGGAAAGUGCAUUACUCUAGGACCUUAGCUACCAGUAAUAGAUCGCAUCCAGGCAGGACCAGCCACAAAAUGAAAAUAUGAGGCCCAUUGUUUAAGCACUGUUAAGAAUUUCAAGAUGAUGACAGCAGAGCAUUAAACCAGGGGUGGGGCCCUUCUAAUUGUGGCCCCUCGCAACUGCACAGGUCAGGCACCCAUGAAGCCAGCACCGUCCCAGGAGACACGGUGGCCCCAGGCCCAUCACAUACACAAAAUUUAUUUCUCCUACAUAUUUCAUCUCCCUAAAAUAUAUGUCUUAGCACUUGUCAUUUUGGAGCUAGUAUGAAAGUUUUCAAUAAGGUAAUGCCAAAUAACCUUUCUGGUAAUAUUAUACCAAGUAUAAGCUACAAGUAUUCUGAGAACUCUGAAAAAAUAAAAUAAUAUAUUUAAUGACAAAUGAAGAAGUCUUUGCUAGGAGAUGUACUUUUUUAUAUUUAAAAAUAUCCAAGGCACUGGGAAAUUCUAGUCAUGCUUUCAAGGCUCCUAUCUGAAGUUUCUUUGUGUUAGAUAAUAAUAACAACAAAAACAGGGGCUAAUAUUUAUUGAGGAUUUACUAAGUGCGUUAUGUGUAUAAAUUAAUUAAUCCUCCAAACAACCCAACUCUUAAACAGAGGUAGUGUUAUGCCCAAGUUACAGAUUGGAGGCCGAGAGCAAUUAAGUAAGCACUCAAGGUCACGAAGAUGUUACGUGACAGAGAUGAGAUUUCAUCCCGGGGUGACUUGUUCCCAGAGUUCAUGUUCCAAACCACAGCUCUCAGUCACAGCUCUCAGACAGGGGUGGGGAACACAAGUGAAGUCGCUGUUUUGGACAUUUACUCCAUGACCAUGCAGUCACUGGGUUUCAGCAAUCUGGCUGGCAAUUGCCUGUGUCCACUGUGGUUUGUGUUCAUUCCAUCAUAGAGCAACGUGGGCAGCGUGGGGUCCCCAUGAUGACGGCUGUGAACCGAACUAAUCAGUUCAGUCAAACAGCCAUUCAAUUCAGUCAAA